AUGAAGGGUCAUGAGAGGCCGCUGACGUUCCUCAAGUACAAUCGCGACGGCGAUCUGCUGUUUUCCUGCGCCAAGGAUCACCAACCCACCGUGUGGUACACGGAUAAUGGCGAGCGCGUCGGCACGUACAAGGGCCACAACGGAGCCGUGUGGACGUGCGACGUCUCACGCGACUCCAAGAUGCUUAUAACGGCGUCGGCGGAUCAGAGCGUGAAGCUGUGGGAGGUCGAGACGGGAACGCCGUACUACACCUUCACCAUGGACGGCCCUGCGCGCUCCGUCGCGCUCGCGGAGGGCGAGCAGCUCGCGGCGAUCACGGUGGACCCGUUUAUGGGCAGCGUGCCGGCCAUUCACGUCAAGCGGAUCAAGGAGGGCAGCCGAGAACAGGAGGACGAGUCAGUGCUGCAGAUCACGGGUCCCCAGGGCCGAAUCAUGCGCUGUGUGUGGGGCCCUCUCAACCAGACGCUCAUAGGCACGGGGGAGGACUGCAUCAUCCGCAUGUGGGACGCAGAGACGGGCAAGCUGCUGCGAGAGACGGAGCCGGAAGUGGCGCACAGCAAGACAGUGACGUCACUGUCCAAGUCAGCAGACGGGUCGCACUUCAUCACAGGGUCGUUGGAUAAGUGUGCCAAGCUGUGGGACACACGCACACUGCGUCUGCUCAAGACGUACCAGACAGAGCGACCCAUCAAUGCCGCUGACAUCUCCCCUCUCUUCGACCAUCCUCACCUCUGGCUGCUCAAGACGUACCAGACAGAGCGACCCAUCAACGCCGCUGACAUCUCCCCUCUCUUCGACCAUGUCAGUUCCUCCUCCCCUCUCCUCGUCCACUCUCACUACCUCACCAAUCAGUUCCCCUCCCUGCCUUCACAACGACCAUCACCUUUCUUCCUCCCUUUAUCUCUCUGA